AUGGUGGAGGAAGAAGAUAUGUUUUGGUGUGAGGGGUCAACAGUUGAGAGUCGGCGGCGCAUGGAAGCGAAGGAGGGGGAGAUGAGGAACUUUUUUUCGAAACGGUUCCGGCAGCUGAGGAAGGGAGCGGUUGGUGUGUGUUACGCCAGUGGGACAGCUGGAUGGCAAGAAAGGCGGUGGUCCGUCGUUUGUGACCAGUUAAAUGAUGUGGGGGAGCAAGAAAGGGCAUGA